AUGUCGACCGCGGUCGCCGAAAAGCAAGAGCGCAACCCCAGAGGCAUUCCCAAAGCGCCAUUCAUCGCGGAUGUCGCGCAAUUCCUUGGGAAGGAUAGGACUGCCGAGGCUGCAUUGAAGGAGUUCCAGGCGGCUCUUGCGAAGUACCGCUACAUGGAACAAAAUCUGGCCCAAAGACGGGGAAGUCUGGAGGACAAGAUUCCAGACAUCAAGAAGACGCUGGCGAUGGUCGAGUUUUUGCAGGAGCGCAGGGAGGGCAAGGGUGCUGCAAGUGAAGACGAUCUAGAUGACGAUCUGGGAGACGACGAAAGCGCCUCGAAGCCUCUCAUCACAACAUACGAGCUGAACGACACGCUAUAUGCGGAGGCACAGCUAGAAGACACGGACACCGUCUACCUAUGGCUAGGAGCGAAUGUCAUGCUAGCGUAUAAAUUACCUGCAGCGGUUUCUCUACUGCGAUCGAAGCUCGAGGCGGCGAGGAACAGUCUCGAGUCCGUGAUCGAGGACCUCGAGUUUCUUCGAGAGCAGAUCACGGUUAUGGAGGUCAACACCGCGCGUGUGUACAACUGGGAUGUGAAACGACGAAGAGAUCUUCGUGCGUUAGAGGCUACCAAUCAGAAAGCAGAAGAGAAAGCAAGCUAG